AGACACGUCGACGCGUCUACACAAAUUCAAUGCCCGCGGAGCAGUCACCACCAUUUCUGCAUCGGUUCGCACUGUUUUUCUGAGUAAAAAACUUUGCCAAACGCGAGAGCCAACUCACCCGAAAUCCAAAUUCACGUAAUUAAAUCGUAUAAACAAUAAAACUGAUCAAUUAAAACCGAUCAAUCCGGACAUGUCGGCACAGUGGCGGGGCUUUGGGUGACAAUAACCCGCCGACAACCAGCGGCACGGGCAAUUCUCAUUUUCACAUUUCCACCCGAGACAACAGAGGAUUGAUGAAAAAUAAAAAAUCAUUGAUUGCCAGGUGGUAAUAAUUCAAAUCACGACAUGGCAUCGCGCAGAUGGUUUCAUCCCAAUAUAUCAGGACUGGAGGCAGAGAAAUUAUUGAUGGAACGUGGAUAUGACAGUUCAUUUCUGGCACGUCCGAGCUCAUCUAAUCCUGGAGAUUUCACACUUUCUGUGAGGAGAAACAGUGAAGUAACACAUAUAAAAAUACAGAAUACUGGUGAUUUUUAUGAUUUGUAUGGUGGUGAAAAAUUCGCAACACUGUCAGAAUUAGUGCAAUUUUAUAUGGAAAAUGGUGGACAAUUGCGUGAAAAAAAUGGCGAAGUCAUUGAAUUAAAAUAUCCCCUUAAUUGUGCUGAUCCAACGACUGAGCGUUGGUUUCAUGGGCAUCUGUCAGCCAAAGAGGCUGAACGUUUGAUGCUCGAGAGAGGAAAGAACGGAUCGUUUCUAGUUCGAGAGUCCCAGAGCAAACCAGGAGACUUUGUACUCUCAGUGAGGACUGACGAUCGCGUGACUCACGUAAUGAUCCGCUCACAGGACAAUAAAUAUGACGUUGGGGGCGGGGAGAAGUUCGAUAGUUUGAGUGAUCUCAUUGAGCAUUACAAGAGGAAUCCGAUGGUGGAGACGAGUGGGAGUGUUGUUCAUCUGAGACAACCUUUCAACGCCACGAGAAUAAGUGCAAGUGGUAUAGAGAGUCGUGUGAGACAAUUGCAUAAGGAGAAUGGAUGCUCCAAUGGCUGGACAUGUUGGAAUGGCGGACCUGAUGGUGAUGAGACUGGUUCUGGUCGUGGGAAGGGCAAGGCUGGCUUCUGGGAGGAGUUCGAAUCCCUCCAGCAACUGGAGUGUCGACACCUGUUCUCGAGGAAGGAGGGAUUGAGAUCAGAGAACAGAGCAAAAAAUCGAUACAAGAAUAUUCUUCCUUUCGAUCACACGAGAGUUAAACUGAAGGACGUGGAUCCCAGUGUACCAGGGGCGGAUUACAUUAAUGCUAACUACAUAAAGAAUGAGGAGGGAGAGGGUUCAUGCACCGGUAUUACGGCCAGUGGUGAUACUUGCAUAUUCAAUAAAUGUUAUAUUGCAACACAAGGCUGUUUACCAAAUACUGUACAAGACUUUUGGCACAUGGUCUAUCAAGAGAAUAUACAGGUUAUUGUUAUGACCACCAAAGAAAUGGAGCGAGGGAAGAACAAAUGCGCUCGUUAUUGGCCAGAAGAGGGUGAAGUGAGUGAAUACGGGGGUGAAUGGAAAGUACGUGCUCUAGCACGCACUUCCACAGCUGAUUACACGUUACGUGAAUUUUUAUUGCAAGGAAAUAAGCCAAAUUUCACAGAGCCACGUAGAAUUUACCACUACCACUUCCAAGCAUGGCCGGACCACGGAGUUCCCUCGGAUCCCGGUUGCGUUCUCAACUUUCUGCACGAUGUUAAUGCCAGACAGGAGUCGAUUGCAGCUGCCUUGAGCUCCAGUGGACAGUCUCUCUCUACUGUGGGGCCUAUUCUCGUUCACUGCAGUGCUGGCAUCGGACGAACUGGCACUUUCAUUGUUAUUGAUAUGAUCUUAGAUCAGAUUAAACGUCAUGGAUUGGACUGUGAAAUCGACAUUCAACGAACCAUUCAGAAGGUCCGAUCUCAAAGAUCAGGAAUGGUGCAGACUGAGGCACAAUACAAAUUCGUUUAUCUCGCUGUAUUGCAUUAUAUUGAGACUGUGUCCCAGAGAAGACAAGCUGAGCAGAAAUCUCUCCAGUUGGGUCGUGAAUACACAAAUAUUCGAUACAAGAGUGAAACAAACAGUGUGAGCACAGGUGUUCCGGAGUCAGCUUCAUUUGCAUCAACCCCAACGCUCUCGACGUCAAACAAUUUCACACUGCCCACACCGGUGGGUAACCUGAGGCCCAAGUAGUUGUUAAUGAACCCUUGAAAUUUUCACCCGUGUUCUGCAGCAGGCGCUGAUACUCUCCUUAAUUUCUGGUAUUUUCUGUCCUUUACUGCGUUAAGACAACAAUAAUUCGCGUAGAUUAAAUGAAAAGUAUUUGCGUAGAGGCAGUGUAACAGUUGUAAUGCGGAGCAAAGGCUUAUUAAUUUUUUAAGUAAGAAAAUGAGAGAAAUGGAGAGAAUAACACAAUCAACGAUCGAACGUGUAGAAUGAGCAGUAGAAUGAGGGUACUUGUGAAUUAUUCGAUAAUCAAGUGUUUGUUUACUUUGGUUUUUGGAUAUUCAAAGUACAUGGCAACUUUAUUUGAUAUCAGAGACAAAUUGUGCUCGAUAAGGUGAAAAAAUUUUCUGUCAAAUCUAGAGAAUUUCGCUUGGAAUCUUCGUACUCGUUACCUAAUUGAACGGAAUAACGGAAGAGACAAAUUAAAAAUAGGCAAAUUAGUGUUGCCAUUGUGAUUGAAUUAAAUUGUAAAAACGCGUUCAAUUCGUUCUGAUCGCACCACUUAGUAUUACGAUGUUUCGCUUUUAUUUCCAAUCGAUGAUAUCGAGGUGAUGAAUGAUUAUUUCUCCUUCUGGUAUCUCGGCACAAGUUAAUGAAUGAAAGAAGAUGAGAGGGGAUUUUAAUUCCUUGUUUUCAAUUGGAAAUUCAUGAUGUUGCCUUUUAAGAAUGUAUUCAGUACCUCAAGGCUCUCAUAUGGUCGUGAAAUAUUCAAUUCGAUAUUCUGUCGAUUCAAGAAUUUAAUGGAAAAUUAAUCGUAAAUCGAUUCGCGGGUAGAGAAUAUGAUUGAUGAAUUUAUUGUGGAGAAUGCCGGUCAUGAAAAUUUAUUUCAUUCACGACGAAUGAAAAAUGUGAUAAAUGUCCUUUAAAUUAGAUUUCUUAUGAAGCUUUAAUUUCAUCGUCGGGAAUUAUUCGAGUUGGGAAAAUGGAGCUCGAGGAUUAGUGAUUUUUUUUAUUCUACACUCGUGAUUAAUUCUUUUUCGUUUCGUUUUUUUUUUUCCAAUGAAUGCAAUUUAUUUUAUAUGAUCUUCUUGUUUGAAAAACACACGCAUAAUUAUUUCUUAUUCUUCUCUGGGGAGAGUCGAUUA